AUGAUUGAACAGUAUCUUUGCAUUCUUCAACGUACAACUUGUUUUGUCCGGCAAUCGACUCGACAUGCUCGGGUGCAAUGGCAUGCGCGUGCUUCAUUAUCAACCACCUCUCCUGUUUGCCGAUCUCUCACUCAAAAGCACCGAGGUAUACCAGCCUUGACCGCUGCACGGAUACGAACACAAAAGCCAACAUUAUCAUGGGCGAAAAGAGUGUUACAGGCAAGACUCAAAGCAUUUCGCAGCAAUGGCAUGCUACAAAAGAAAGCAGCUGGCAUGGGUAUCCGCGGCAAGUUGCACAAACAACUAUCCAGUGAAUUCGUCGCAGAGGCCCUUGAAGGGAAUGUGGAAGGAUGUAAUGCAAAAGCUGUUCUUGAAGGCUACAAUCCGGAUGAAGGCAUUGCAUCCAUCGAUCGUGUCCUCUUGACAUCAUUCUACAAUUAUGCCGAGCCGCAUUUACCCGAGCAUAUUCAAGAAAGUCUUCGUUCCUUAAAGCAAGUGAGUGAUUUAAGGUUUCCUGCAGAAUGGUUUCCCGAAGCACGACAAAUGCAAAGGAAGAUCAUCAUGCAUGUGGGCCCUACCAACAGCGGCAAAACGUAUCAUGCAUUACGUCGACUUGCCGAAGCCAAAUCGGGUGUCUAUUGCGGUCCCUUGCGUUUAUUGGCACAUGAAGUGUUUCAAAAGAUGAACACGGGUGGCGUGGAAUGCAAUUUAUUGACUGGCGAGGAAAAACGACAAGUAUCACCGACAGCAGCGCUGACAAGUUCAACGAUUGAGAUGGUCAACGUACACAAACCAUUGGAGGUGGCGGUGAUUGAUGAAAUUCAAAUGAUUGCUGAUCCACAACGAGGAUGGGCUUGGACACAAGCAUUGUUGGGUUUGCCUGCCAAGGAGAUUCAUUUGUGUGGUGAAGCAUCGGCAGUGCCAUUGGUGAAGGAUAUUUGCGAGGAUCUUGGUGAUCACGUGGAGGUCAAUGAAUACAAGCGCUUGACACCCGUCAAUGUGGUCAAGUAUGCCCUCAACAAUGAUUGGACAAAGAUUCGCAAGGGCGAUUGUGUGGUCACCUUUUCACGCGGCCAUAUUUUCGAUAUCAAGCAAAAGAUCGAACUCGAGACUGGAUUGAAAUGUGCUGUCGUAUAUGGUGGUUUGCCUCCAGAAUUACGUGCAUUACAAGCGCAAACAUUCAACGACCCUGAAAGCCCUGUUAAUGUGCUUGUGGCUUCGGAUGCAAUUGGCAUGGGACUCAACUUAAACAUCAAGCGUAUUGUAUUUGCCACGGUUCAAAAGUUUGAUGGAAAGGCACAACGCUACAUUACAUUCCCCCAACUCAAGCAAAUUGGUGGUCGUGCUGGACGCUUUGGUACAGCUUAUGCAUCAGGAGAAAUUACAACACUCAAUCCUGCCGAUUUAUCCUAUGUUCAAGAAGCCAUGAAUUCACCCACUCAAAUGCUUACUUCAGCAGGCCUUCAACCAACAAUCGACAUCAUUGAACUUUUCGCCCUUCAGAUGCCUAAUGACCGGUUCUCGACCUUGCUGCAACGGUUCCAAGAUCUCGCAACCGUGAGUGGUACCUACUUUUUGUGCAACUUGGAUGAUACAAAGGUUUUGGCAGAUGCCAUCGAUCAUAUUUCAUUGGAUUUACGUGACAGGUACCAGCUGGUCAUGGCACCUGUACCAACCCGCAAACCAAAGUGCGUGGCAACCUUUCAAGAGAUGGCACAAAAGUUUAGCCAAGAUGAAUCCUGUGAGCUCGAGCAGUUUGUUGAGUUGCCUGAGAAGCCACCACGCACACCAGAAGGCUUGAAUGACUUGGAGAAUUCGCACAAGAUUAUCAUGCUUUACAUGUGGUUAAGCCUUCGAUAUCCUCACAUCUUCACCACAGCACAAGAACAAGGAUUGGAAUUGAAGGAGAAAUGUGAAUCUUUGAUUGAUACUUCGCUCCAAGAGCAAAAUACACAAAAGCUAUUACAUGCUCACCACGCUGCCGGCAAUAAACGACUUCCAGACAACAAACACAAAGCUGCUAGACGACCUAGAGCCGACAACCCCAACAAAAAACGACGAACUUCAGGAAAGAAGCAUUACGACACCAAAGCAUAG